AAAAAAUCUUGAAAGAAAGUAAGCAAGCAGUAAAUAGAUUCCAGGAGUAGGAGGAGAUCAAUGAUUGGCUACCGGAAUUUCCCAGUACCCGUAAGGCCGUAACACGCACUGGAAUAUUUAUUUAUAUAUAGCGUCUGUUUUUAAUAAUUCACACAUCACACCCAAAGUUUGUAGCUUUUUAAUCUGGGGGUCUGAGAUACCUAUGUAUGGAAGGCCGUGAAGUUUCAUACAAUAAUAAGGAUGCGGAGGCGAGGAGCGAGAGCCCGGAAGUAGUAUUAUUCCAGCGGCGCUGCUGCUUCUGCUUCCCAUGUUUCGGGUCAGCGAACCGGGGCGGGUUGAGGUGGUGGCAUAAGCAGAAUCAGCAUCAGCUGGGAGGCGAGGUGGAGGAAAGAUCAUUGUUGAGCAGAGGAAUCAGCGCCCUGAAGAAGCUCCGGGAGUGGUCGGAGAUCGUGGCUGGGCCAAGAUGGAAGACCUUCAUCCGCCGUUUUAACAGAAGCAAGAGCGGAAGCGGAAGCGGAAGCGGAGGGAGACAAGGGAAAUUUCAGUACGAUCCUCUGGAUUAUUCCCUUAACUUCGACCAAGGCCCCGGGAAUUUGGAGGAGGAGACUGAGUACGCCUACCGGAACUUCUCCGUCAGAUACGCCUCCAUUCCGGCGUCGGCUAAGGCAUCCAUGGAUCUGGGCAAAGAUGGGCCCAGCUUCGUCUAAGUGCGCUGCGCCGACCGUUUACUGCUGGGGUGGGCACGUUAUUGAAAUGGAAAUGAUCGAUCGCUAGCUGUAGGCUGUAGCUUCCAACAAUCAAUAUCUACUCUCACAUGCCCACCUCAUUAUACUGCUUUUCUAUCUUUUACUUCAAAAACAAUUAUUUCCCCUUUUUCUUUUUUUAAAUUUUCAAAUAGACAAUUGUUGUUGUGUAUAAAAAAAAAUGGCUAAUUUUUUUUUUUUUUUUGAAAUGUUUAUUAUUACCCCUGGACCAUGGAGUGACUAGAAAUACAAAGCAUUAAUACUCCGUA